GAUACCGAUUUCAGUCAAGCUGCUAGAACUGCUAUCCCCGUCGGUGAAACAGAACAAGAAGCAGCAACGAUAGAAGCAAUAGCAGCACGUAUACCUAGAUUACGCGAUUAUAAUGAUCCUUCACGUUUAACCCCACUAAGAGCACAUUAUCUCAAAAAAACAUUGGUAAAAUUGGAAAUCGAAAAGGAAAUUCAGCUACUCUCAAGACAAGACGCUCUUUCUUUGCUCGGACCUCCAUUCAAACCCUCCAAACAAACUCAACAGGUCUCCCUUCCUCUUCUGCGGUUUUUAUUUCAUCACUUCGUUCUCACUUUUCCUUUUCUCAGAUCAGCACCGCCAAACUUCUUUGCUGAUAAGGUUCAAGUGUUUGUGGACCGAUUCGCAGAACGCAAUAUAAGCAGUACAGAUGAUCGAGAUGAAACGACAAAGCGAAAGAAGCUUGGAGGAAGGAUGACCAAAUGGUUCGUACUCUUGAUGAGUGCUGCCAUCCAUGUAAAAGGUGGUGAUGGAGCAGAAGAAAUUCUGAAAAUCGCUGAUCAUGAUCGGAAUAGACUCUUUGCCGCACAUGAUCGUCGAUACAAAAAUAAGAAUGGAAUUUUGGACGGAGGAGAUGAGGCAGGUGCAUUCGAUGUAAAUGUCAUCGGUGUAAGGACAAGAAAGAUAAAAGCAGGAAGGUUGCAAAGGGGAAAAGCACAUGACGAAUUCAUUAUACGGACACGACAGCCUGGUGGUAGGGAAACAUUCGUUAGCAGGCGAUAUGGUGAUUUUGCCAGAUUGGCAGAUACUCUUCGACUCGAAUUUCCGGAGGAGGAGAUUCCAAGACCGCCACCCAAAGACCGAAGGGAGACUGAUGUAAAGUCACCGGUUCAUACAGCUGAGACAUCACGAGAUAAGCUUCUGCCUCCAUCUCCUACUCCAAACAGUGCUGAUUCGACAAUUCACAGCGCCCGAAGUUCAACAUCGGCAGAUAGUGGCACACGUUCGAUCAUGCCUGGUCCGUUGGCAAGAGAGAGAAAUCGAUUGACAUUAAGGGCCUAUCUGCGAUCGUUGCUCAAAAAUCCCCAUGUAGCAGAAUCCGAAGCAUUGAUAUCAUUCUUGCUAAGCGAGCCGACAACAUUGACGUCAAACGAGGAAAGCGAUAUGCUUGCACGAGAAGCACUAGAUGCAGUGCGAGAUGAUGAGGCCAAACGAUUUACCGAUGAAGCCAAUAGACGGGUAGCAGAAUUGCGACAUCAUCUACAAAGCUUCAAAGAAGAUUUGAUUCAGGAAGAUGGUUUGACAAGGAUAUUUGGAACGAUUAAAUCUACACCAAAUGUGGAAGAUCUGCCGGAGAAGUAUAGAGCGCUUUUAGCAUGGGGACGGAUCAGUCUGGCCAGUACACUAUUUCACAUGUUCGUCGGUGGAGAUGCAUCAAGCGAUCUGUUCAACCAACUGAAGCGGAUACAUGGCCUGAUGCCUUACUUUAUGCUUCGUGGUAUUUUGCGAGUUUCCAAUCCUGUUUCGAUGAUCAGAGGUGUUUUGGAUUUAUUCUUAGCUCAACCUUUCGGACAACGCAGUUUGGCACAAAGGAUGCUCACAUCUAACAUUCAAGAAGAGAUCCGAGAAUUGAGCGAAAUGGCAUCGCGAAUUGCUAUCAAGGUGGAAGAUGAUGUAUUGUGUGAACGGGUGAGAUGCUUCGUUUGUGCACCGUAUGAUCUACAAAUGGAAAUGAGACAAGAAGCCGAGAGGGAUCGAUUGGACAUCAUUACUGUCAUUUUGAAAAGUGAUACGCUUCCGGGUGCUUCUGCAGACGUUCCACCACCGCUUCCACUUACGCGAAAUCAAAUUCAUCGUGUUGUCCGAAGCAGUCGUGCAUACGAACGAUAUAAAGAGUAUCGCAAGAAUUUGGGCAAGAAUGAUGUGGAUGAAGGACCAGAUGCGGUUGACGAUGAUGCCUGGCUUUAUGAGGAUUUGCAUGUGCUACUCAAAUGCUUGACACGAUUGCGGGAUAAGGAGCAGUUGGUCAGCUUGUUAUUCGAGGGUGUCACAUCGGAACUUUUGAAAGAUAUCGUCACGAUCUUUUAUUCUCCUUUGGCACAAGUGUAUAAAGCGGCAAAUAUCGCUGACAGUCUUUCGGAUCUGCAAGCGUUCAUCAAUGACCUUAUUCGAACAGUGGAAGGCAAUGAAGAUUUGAGUUAUACAGACCCGCAGAAGACGGUACAAGUAUUUAUCGAUUUGGUAAGCCGACAUGAAGGUAGAUUCUAUUCUUUCGUUCAUCAAGUACAUUCAAAAGGAAGUGGAUUGUUUGACGGAUUGAUGCAUUGGGUUGAAUUAUUUAUCAACUUUAUUCGUGGACCAGAAGAUGGCACCGUUCCUGCGCAAGGAACAGUGGCAAAACGUAGAAGACAUGGAGUAGGUGAAGUGGAUUUAGAGGUUUGCUUACCGGCUGGAGGACAGGAACGCAAGCGGGUCUUGCACGAGAUUGAUUGUGUUGUAGUACAUGCCUACAGACUUAAAUUGAUUCGAGAGCUCAAGCUGAAGGGAAGACUAGCAGAUCGAGAAGUACGAGGAGCAGCAAAGGUUGCCGGAUCUUCUGAUGGACAAGGUGGCUUUGGCAUUACGGAUGAUACGGAUGAGGAUGCAUUCAUGGGCGCUUUGGCUGAAAACUUCGGAGUAGGAGAUGCAUUUGCUGAUGAGGUGAAUGAAGUGGAAGCGGAAGAAGAAGCAGAAGAGGAAGAUGAACGAGAAAAUGAAGAAACCGAUCAAGAUGAUGAAGAUGACGAACACUUUUACGAAAGUUCAAUGGAUGAAAAUAGCAGUCAUGAAAAUUCACCUUCUUUCAAACCUGUUAGUGAAAGGAAGCCAAAUUGGGUUCCACCUAAACCAAAACGAUCCGUUUCCACUUUGACGGCCAAAGCUGCCGAUAAGGACUUGCCGCCCAUUCCAAUCGACGAUCAAGCAAAAGCGAAGAGGAGAAGAAGAACGCCCAGAGCGCCACAAUUAGAGGUGAUACCUGAAAUGUUGCCAUUGUUUAUCGAAAUGGUGCGACCACUACUGCGACCUGCUCGUACGGCCAGUGCAAGCUCAAUCGCUUCU